AUGGCAUACGAGUUUGCGACCUAUGAGAAAAAAGGCCGCAUUGCGACCGUGACGAUCAAGCGCCCGGAACGCAUGAAUGCCCUGCAUCCGCCCGCCAACCUGGAGCUUCACGAGAUCUGGAACGACUUUCAGAACGACCCCGAGGUAUGGAUCGGCAUCCUCACCGGCAGCGGCGACAAGGCGUUCUCGGCGGGCAACGAUCUGAAAUACACGGCGGAACACGGCCUGGGCAUGGUGCGCGUCGGCGAGAGCGGCUUCGGCGGCUUGGCCAAGCGCACGGAUUGUUGGAAGCCGAUCAUCGCCGCGGUCAAUGGCUUCGCGCUCGGCGGCGGCUUCGAGAUGGCAUUGUCGUGCGACAUCAUCAUCGCCGCCGAUCACGCCCGUCUCGGCCUGCCCGAGCCGCGCGUCGGGCUGAUGGCGGGCGCCGGCGGGGUGCACCGGCUGCCGCGCAUGAUGCCGCAGAAGAUCGCCAUGGGCUACAUCCUGACCGGUCGCCACAUGACGGCGCAGGAAGCGCACCGCUGGGGCAUCGUCAACGAGGUGGUGCCGCUCGCCGACCUCAUGCCCACCGUCCACCGCUGGGCGCAGGACAUCCUGGAGGGCGCGCCGCUGUCCAUCCGGGCCAGCAAGCAGGCGGCGAUGAUGGGGCUCGGCCAUCCGCUGGAUAUUGCCCUCAACCUGGAGUAUACCCAGAGCACCGCCAUGCGGCGUUCCGAGGACGUUGUCGAGGGGCCGAAAGCCUUUGCCGAGAAACGCAAGCCGAACUGGAAGGGCCGCUAA